UUGGUCUAUUGGGUUUUUAUUCCCUCAUAAGGAUGUAGUGUAUCGAAAGGUGGUCUGUAAUUAAAAUUGAGCUUUUUGACGGUAGACACACGGUUUUCAGCCAUUUUCUGUUGUAUGUCAUCCCAGCUGGAUGUUGCAGCACACGUGUGAGUGUUAGGAGGGAAGAUUAUGUGAAGCAGAUGUGGUAAGUCAAAGGUGUGUGUGUUGUUAGUGACUUCCUGCCUCCCCUGGGGGUCUUGCUGACUCAUUCCUGUCUACCAGGGAAUCUGAGGACCUGUUUCCAGCACAGAAAUGCACCCAGCCAUUAGGAAAGGCACUGAUCUUUGCAAACUAGAUUUACUAGUUUUAAGCUGGAUUUCUUACUAUGGAUAAAGUCAUUCAUCUGCUCUCCAGAUGUUUAAAAGUAAUUUGAAUUGCCUCUUUGGUGACCUUUCUGUUCAUCUCCUCCCAUUUGCCUACUGGAUUCUUGGUCAUUUUUAUCUGUAGGAGUUCUUUGCAUAUGACGGUGAUUAGUUAUACAUUAGCUGAGGAUUUCUUGUGUCUGCUCAGCCAGUCCUGAAUGCCCCGGAAGAUGCUGGUGGCGCAGUGAAGGCAACCUGGUGGCUGGGGCAGUGCAGCCGCAUUUUCCAUGGAGCUGCAGGCCCCAGAGGCCUCUGCCCAGCUCCUCCCUCCAGCACUGGAGAGGCCUGAGGCAUAGGCUCAGUGAGGAGAGUACUGUGGACAGUUGGCCCCUGGCUGUGGGAGCUCCUGAGCCAGUUGGUGGGCCAGGGCCCUGGGGAGGAGGAAGAUGCCAGCCAAGGGGCGCUACUUCCUCAAUGAGGGGGAGGAGGGCCCUGACCAGGCUGCCCUCUAUGAGAAGUACCGGCUCACCAGCCAGCACAGACCACUGCUGCUGGUGCUGCUGCUGGUGGCAGUUGUUGCCUGCAUUGCGCUCAUCGCCAUCACCUUCAGCCAUGAGGACCCUUCUGGACACCAGGCCGUCCUGGGCACAGCGUUCUUCACACUCGUGGUGUUCACAGCUCUCUACGUGCUGGUGUACAUUGAGUGGCUUGUGCAGCGAUGGCUGUGGGCCCUGGCACUGCUUAUCUGGGCCUGCUUCAUGAUGCUGGGCUACAUCCUGGUGUGGGACUCUUGGCAGAGGGCAGCCUACGCGUUUGAGCAGGUGCCGUUCUUCCUGUUCAUCAUCUUUGUGGGGUACACGCUGCUGCCCCUCAGCAUGAGGGGGGCCGUUGCCGUGGGGGUGCUCUCCUCUGCAUCACACCUCCUGGUGUUCGGAGCUCUGCUGGAGGUCUUCACGAAGCCCAUUGUCAAGGUGGGGCUGCAGCUGCUGGCCAACGCCAUCAUUUUCCUGGGUGGGAACUUCACGGGCGCCUUCCACAAGCACCAGAUGCAGGACGCCUCCCGGGACCUCUUCACCUACACAGUCAAGUGCAUCCAGAUCCGCCGGAAGCUGCGUGUGGAAAAGCGUCAGCAGGAGAACCUGCUGCUGUCUGUGUUGCCAGCCCACAUCUCCAUGGGCAUGAAGCUAGCCAUCAUCGAGCGGCUCAAGGAGGGCGGAGGCCGCCGCUACAUGCCCGACCACAACUUCCACAGCCUCUAUGUGAAGCGGCACCAGAAUGUCAGCAUCCUGUACGCAGACAUCGUGGGCUUCACGCGGCUGGCCAGCGACUGCUCCCCCAAGGAGCUGGUGGUGGUGCUGAAUGAACUCUUCGGCAAGUUUGACCAGAUUGCCAAGGCCAAUGAGUGCAUGCGGAUCAAGAUCCUGGGCGACUGCUACUACUGUGUGUCGGGCCUGCCCGUAUCCCUGCCCACCCAUGCCCGCAACUGUGUCAAGAUGGGGCUGGACAUAUGCGAAGCCAUUAAGCAGGUGCGGGAGGCUACGGGCGUGGACAUCAGCAUGCGUGUAGGCAUCCACUCAGGGAACGUGCUGUGUGGGGUCAUCGGGCUCCGCAAGUGGCAGUAUGAUGUGUGGUCCCAUGAUGUGUCGCUGGCCAACAGGAUGGAGGCGGCUGGAGUCCCAGGCCGGGUGCACAUCACAGAGGCGACGCUGAGACACUUGGACCAGGCGUAUGAGGUGGAGGACGGGCAGGGGCAGCAGCGGGACCCCUACCUGAAAGAGAUGAACAUCCGCACCUACCUGGUGAUCGACCCUCGGAGCCAGCAGCCACCACCACCCAGCCAACAGCCCCCCAGGCCCAAGGGGGAUGCAGCCCUGAAGAUGCGGGCUUCUGUGCGUGUGACCCGCUACCUCGAGUCCUGGGGGGCUGCACGGCCCUUCGCACACCUCAACCACCGCGAGAGCGUAAGCAGCAGUGAGACACUCAUCCCCAAUGGGCGCAGACCCAAGGCCAUUCCCCUGCGGCGCCACCGGGCCCCUGACAGAAGUGCAUCCCCCAAAGGGCGUUCGGAGGACGACUCCUAUGAUGACGAGAUGCUGUCGGCCAUCGAGGGGCUCAGCUCCACUAGGCCCUGCUGCUCCAAGUCUGAUGACUUCCACACCUUUGGGGCCAUCUUCCUGGAGGAGAGCUUUGAGCGAGAGUACCGCCUGGCCCCCAUUCCCCGGGCCCGCUAUGACUUCGCCUGUGCCAGCUUGGUCUUCCUCUGCAUCUUGCUCAUCCAUGCCCUGCUGAUGCCCAGAAUGGCGGCCCUGGGUAUGUCCUUCGGGCUGGUGUCCUGUCUGCUGGGGCUGGUGCUCAGUCUGUGCUUUGCUGCUGAGUUUUUGAGGUGCUGCCCAGCCCUGGGGACGCUGCAGGCCAUCUCUGAAUGGGUGGAGACGCGGCCUCUUCUGAGGCUGUUUCUGGCUGUGCUGACCAUCGGUAGCCUGCUCACUGUCGCCAUCAUCAAUCUGCCACUGAUGCCCGACUCAGCCCUGGGACUGCCUGGUGGCAAUGAGACGAGUCUGCUGGCCUCAAGGAGCAAGGACAGGACCCUGUGUGCCCUCCUCCCGUACUAUAGCUGCAGCUGUAUCCUGGGCUUCAUCGCCUGCUCCGUCUUCCUGCGGAUGAGCCUGGAGUUGAAGGUCGUGCUGCUGACGGUGGCCCUGGUGGCCUACCUGGUGCUCUUCAACCUCUCCCGGUGCUGGCAGGACCACUGUGCCCACAGCCCUGGUAAUCUCACCCAGGCCAACCUCACCUCCAGCAGCGCCCUGGACUGGUCACCCAGGGACCUGAAGACCAUGAUCAACUUCUACCUGGUUCUGUUCUACAGCACUCUGGUCAUGCUAUCCAGACAGAUCGACUAUUACUGCCGCCUGGAUUGUUUGUGGAAGAAGAAGUUCAAGAAGGAGCACGAGGAGUUUGAGACCAUGGAAAAUGUGAACCGCCUUCUCCUGGAGAAUGUCCUGCCGGCCCAUGUGGCAGCCCACUUCAUUGGAGACAAGUUGAAUGAGGACUGGUACCAUCAGUCCUAUGACUGUGUCUGUGUCAUGUUCGCGUCCGUGCCAGACUUCAAAGUGUUCUACACGGAGUGUGACGUCAACAAAGAGGGACUGGAGUGCCUGCGCCUGCUGAACGAGAUCAUCGCUGACUUCGAUGAGCUGCUGCUGAAGCCCAAGUUCAGUGGCGUGGAGAAGAUCAAAACCAUUGGCAGCACCUACAUGGCAGCUGCGGGACUCAGUGCCCCUUCGGGGAAUGAGAACCAGGACCUGGAGCGGCAGCACACACACAUUGGCGUCAUGGUGGACUUCAGCAUCGCGCUGAUGAGCAAGCUGGACGGGAUCAACAGGCACUCCUUCAACUCCUUUCGCCUGCGUGUCGGCAUAAACCAUGGGCCUGUGAUUGCUGGAGUAAUUGGGGCCCGAAAACCUCAGUAUGACAUCUGGGGAAACGCAGUCAACGUUGCCAGCCGCAUGGAGAGCACUGGAGAACUGGGCAGAAUCCAGGUUACUGAAGAGACAUGCACCAUCCUCCAGAGACUAGGUUACUCCUGUGAAUGCCGGGGGCUCAUCAACGUCAAGGGCAAAGGCGAGCUGCGAACUUACUUUGUGUGUACGGACACUGCCAAGUUUCAAGGCCUGGGGCUGAACUGAGGACUCUGAGUGGUCAGUCUCCUUCACUGCAAACCAAGACCCAACCCCGUGGUCAUGGAAACAGCCUUCUAGGGCUUUGCUGUGGCUCACUGCCAGCUCGUUAGCAGGGUUGCUUGGACGACACUUUAACCUCCGCCAUCACCCUAUGUGUUUCCCCAUCAGCUGACAUCCUGUGCAGGUCAGCAGAAGACUAGGCUGGGCUGUGCAGUCUGGGUUGGAGUUUGUUCUUCCCAGAAGGACAAGCAUUCUGGCAAAUGUCACCAGUGUAUUAUUUCUUUAACCACUGACCACAUGUAAUAGGGCUAUGUCCAGUAUCCUGGGUGUUUAUGGGGGAUGAGUCCUGAGGAAUGUGGCCCACAGCAAGGAGGAUCAAGCCUGGACCUGGAGUCAGGCAACUUUGAUAGAAGUCUUCUGGGACUACGUUCAGUAAGCUGAAAGGCUUGAAAUAGGAAUACUCUUUCCUGACUACCAAUUUUUGAGCGUGCUCUCUCUCAGCGUGCAUGGUUUUCAACUAUCAAUUAUGUCUUUUUUUUGGGGGGGGGGGCAGUUCUGGGACCUCAUGCUCAUACUUGAGCCCACUUCCACUUCUGGCUUUUUGCUGGUUAAUUGGAAAUCAGAAUCUUGGGGAUUUUUUCCAUGUGAGUUGGCUUUGAACCUGGAUCCUCAGAUCCUUGAACAUCUGAGCAGCUAGGAUUGCAGGUGUGAGCCACCAGCAACCUGGCUAUAUGCUGCAUAUUUAUUCACAUUUGGUAGCCAGUGCCUGACCUUUUCUUUUUCAGACAAGGUUUUUUACUGUGUAGCCCCCUGGCUAGCUUGGAACUGACAGUCCUCUUCCGCCCACUCUGAAUGCUGGGAUUACAGGUGUGCACCACCAUGCCUGUCUUUUUUGUGUUUGUUGUGGGAGAACUUGGACAGGCUGUGCUCUCUUGAUUUGAGUCUUCACAGCUCAAUCUGGGAAACUUCAACAUCAGGAGGCUCAGCCAGGUGUGCGACUCAAGUGAGAGGCCUUGAGUUCAAAUCCAGCACUGCCCAGCCAGCCUCUCCUAAAUGCUGAGCCCUUUCUUGUCCCAACGAGUCAAGGAAAAAAGCCAGCUUUGCAAGACUGCAUACUACACUCCAGCUCCACAAGUGAAAAAAGGCAGCCUGUUUCAAGGUAAGAAAUGACGGAGCUCAUUCUUUUAUACUGAGUGGUCUUCACUUCAUGACCAGCCACCGAGCUUCUCAACAUGGCAUGAUUCUUAGAAGCCAUUCACAGACCUGGAGUUACCUAGAAAAUCCUGCACAUAGGAUUACAGCCAGGACACCUGACCUGCCAGGUGUGUGAUGAGUUGUGACCUUCACCAGGGUGUCUGUCAUGGGGCGGAGGCUGCUCUGAUGCCCUUGUACGUACCUGGAACCAGUCCCCACAGCAGAAGAACCUGCUGUAUAAAGGAAUCUUAUGGCUGACAUGCUGGAGCAGGGCUGAGGCCUUGUUUAAGCCGAUCUGUCACACAAGGACUGGUUUCAGGCAAACCCUGUAGUGAAAUCUGUGUUCAACUCCACUGGUGAGGCAGAAAGUUCCAGAGGAGGCAAGGCCCGGCCUCACUGAGUCAACACCUGCCACCCUCCCGCUGUUCGUCACAUUUUAUUUCAGUAACAGAAAGCCUAGCCAGGAGUUACCAUUCUUGUAUUGUUAGCUGCAAUUAAAGUACUGUGCUAAGAUGAUUGCUUAAGUUUUUUUAAUGUUCAGGGCUUGGACUCACUUGUAGUCAAUCUUUUGUUUUCAUGAUAGCAACAAGUAUAUUUCUAACAACACCCUUCUCUAUGGGUCAAGACGCUUAAAAUUUCUACUAAGGCAGCUCACUAACUACGGGAUAUUAAUACACAAGUCUUCUUAUUGCUUCCUAAGGAAACUUCCUGCUUCCUAUGGAAUCUUCCCAACAGGAAAGAUGAGCCUCACCCAUGGUAUACUUCAAGCUGGUACAUGCAAACAACUAUUCUGUAUGUUGAGUAUUUAUAGAUGUUUACCAUUUGUUUUAAAUGUUUCAUUUAUAAAGUACCAGUGUUUAUUUAGCUGCUUCUUAUGCAUUAAAUUAGCAAUAUGGAAACCUGAA